AGCAGCUGGUAGGAGGAGUGGAUAUGCAUUCACAUAGAGGGCAGGAAGACAACACCGGAAACUGUACAUGUGCAGACAAUGUAACAGACACUUGUGGCAUAUGAGUUACUCAACUGCCUCAGCAAGAUGUUUGCAGCUGUGCUGUUUAUAACAGGAAUAUACACAGUAGUGGGAUUCAACAUAUACACAACACCAGUGAGCAAUUUUACAGAUGAAGACCCACUGUUUGGUCAAACUAUUAUUCAAUCAAGGGACGGAGUUUUUGUUCCUUCUCCUACCUCUGGAGAUGUUUUCAGAUGCACAGAGGAAAACUGUUCUAGAAUGAAAGUUACUGAUGUAAUGAAAGGCCUGAGUCCAACUGCAUCUAUAGCAUCCAGGUUUAGUGAAGAUAAGGAGCACCUUCUGGUUUGUAACCAAGUUCGGACAAGGAACUCAUCAACUGAGUAUUUCAACGGAAAUUGUACACAUGUGUUUGGGCAUCAGGAAAAGAGUAAAAUCUAUCCUGAUAAGUUGGUUUUACAGCUACUGGAACAAAAUGCAAACAACAACAUCAACAGCAAAAACAAUGACCAAAAAUCUCUUCAACAAGACCACGGGAGGAGGAGGAGAGCUGUACAGAAUGAUAAGGACACUGAUGACGAUGAAGAAGAUGAAGAUGCAGGGACAGAGAUCGCGUUUGUGCUGGACGGCUCUGGUAGCAUUGACCCGCCGGAUUUUGAAAGGGCCAAAGACUUUAUUUAUAACGUGAUGAACAGUGUUUGGACAACAUGUUUCAGUUGCAACUUUGCAAUAGUGCAGUAUGGGAGAGACAUAAGGACAGAACUCUCUCUGAAUGAAAAUAAUGACAGUCUCGGAGCCUUGGAUAAGGUGAAGAACAUAAAACAAAUUCAUGCAAUCACCAAGACAGCUUCAGCCCUCUACCAUGUUCUCACAGACGUUUUUGUUCCUCAAAAUGGAUCAAAAAAGAAUGCCAAAAAAAUGAUUAUUCUACUGUCUGAUGGAGAGAUGGCAGGAGAUAAAAGAAACCUCACAGAUGUAUUGAACAUGCCACAGAUGGAGGGGAUUGUUCGCUAUGCUAUAGGAGUGGGGCCAGAAGUUCUGAAUAAACCAAAUGCAAUCAAAGAGAUGAAAGAGAUAGCUGGCAGCGAUAACAGAUUUUUCAAGGUUUCUAAUUAUGCUGCCUUGGAAGAAAUUCUUUCUUCUUUGGAAAAAAGCAUAUAUGGGAUUGAAGGCAUACAGAAGGGAGCAGGAUUUGAACUUCAGCUUGCAGAGGCUGGAUUUAGCUCUCACUUUACCCAUGAUGGUUCGAUCCUUUUUGGUGCUGUGGGGGCCUAUGACUGGAGUGGAGGGAUCAUUUUGAAAAAAAAUAACGAAGAGCCUGUGGGAUUUUUUAAUGCAACCAAGGAAGAACCCCGAUUUUCUUAUUUGGGUUACAGUGUGGCAUCUGCACAUAUGGCUAAGAAAACACUAUAUAUAUCCGGGGCUCCCAGGUACAACUUGACUGGUGCAGUCUUCAUUUUUGAUGGGACCAAUCAGGAUUUGCUACAAGGAGAUCAGGUAGGGUCUUAUUUUGGAUCGGUUCUCUGCACCUUGGACAUCAGUAAUAAUAAGGUGACAGAUUAUCUUCUGGUUGGAGCGCCGCAUUUCCAUGUAAAAGGGGAAGAGGGCAAAGUGCUGGUUUACAAGCUGAAUGAAGGGAAAUUUGAGAAAGCCUCUGAAUUGCGUGGACUAGAAAAGUACAUAUUUGCAAGGUUUGGCUCUGCCAUAGCCAAUAUUGGAGACAUUGACGGGAACGAAUUCAGUGAUGUGGCAGUGGGAGCUCCUCUCGAAGCGGAUAAUGCAGGGAGUGUCUACAUAUAUAAUGGAUUCCAUGACGGGAUAAAGAACCAUUUUUCACAGAGAAUCACACCCUCAGACUUCGGAAUUAAACUUGUGCACUUUGGCCAGGCAGUGAGUGUCAUGUCUUUCUCAGAAGAAAACGACCAACCACUAAUCAGUGUUGGGAGUAAAGGAGCCAUAACUGUAUUUCAGACAAUUCCUGUUAUCAUUAUUAAACCAAAUAUAAAUAUUGAUGAUACACUAAUUACCAUUGAUAAGCAGAGCAAUGAUGAAUCAAGCAAAUUUGAGACAAAGCUCAGUAUUUGCUUCAAUACACCAAAAGGAGAUAUUAAAUCCGGUCAACUACCAAUUGAGUACCAUAUUGAUUUGGACUCGGGUAAAGAACAAAAGCGACUGGUUCAUGUCAAGCCUCAUGAAGGGAGAAGGAGCUUUACUCUGACAGAAUCCCAAACCUGCAUCGAUCCGAUAGUUCUGAAAUAUGUGGGCUGCUCUGACUGUUUUUCACCUAUCAAGAUUAGGUUGAGUUUUACAUUAACCCCAUCCACUGGAUUACCUAUCCGGGUUCUUGAUGCAUAUACUCCAAAAGAGGCCAUAGCAGAGAUUAAGUUUCAAAAGGACUGCAGCAGUCAGAAUUGUAAGCCUGAUAUUUCACUGGCUAACUCAAAACUCAGCGAUGAAGUUUUAAUAAUUGGCUCCAGUCAAACCUUGGAUAUAAAGUUUAAUCUUAUUAACACUGGGGACAAUUCCUAUAUGACCACUCUGACUCUGACAUAUCCUGAAAUACUAUCUUUCAAGAAAUCUGAAGGUGGAACAUGUGAGGAUAAAAAUGACAAACAUCAAAUAGUGUGUAAACUUCUGCAUCCCAUAUUCAGAAGCAAGGAACAGACCCAUGUUACAAUCGCCUGGCAGCCUAUCGACAGAAACGCAAAACCCACAGCUUCAAUUACUGCUCUCUUAACAGGUGGAAAUAAUGGCAGUGAGGAACUUAGUAGGAAGAUGUAUAAAUUCACAGUGAAGAAAGCCCUUGAAGUUCAGCUUAUUGGCGCAGCCACGCCAAACAGAUUGACUAUUACAGAGGGGGAAGAAAGCAAACAACAAUCGCUAGAUUUCAAUUUUAAGCUGCUGGGUGAAAACACAUAUAAGGCCAAAAUAAGUGUGACAAUAACAAUUGAAAAGCAGUCACAAAAAACUGACAUGAUCAUCAAGAACGUUGAACCAACGAACUGUUCAUGGCCCUCUGGUGGAAAUGUUAAGAGCACCUACCAGAUUGUAUGUACUCUGACAGAGUUGCAGGAGAUUAAAAUUAUGGCUCAAACGCAUAUCCAUGACAUUCAGGAUAAAAAUGAAAAGAUCACUGCCAUGGCAGACAUUACAUUCGAUGAGAGCAUCUAUCAUGGAAUAAACAUUAUAAAGACACAGAAAGUAGUGGUUUCACUUAUUAAGCUGACAGUUGUGAAGUCAACUGCGCUUAUUGUAGGCAGCUCCAUUGGAGGGUUUCUCCUUUUAAUCUUCAUUAUCAUUAUUCUCAUCAAGUGUGGAUUUUUCCGCCGACGCCAUAAGCUGGCUCGCACAUCGAGUACAAACUGAGGACAUGCACAACGUUGACCUGAUUAUUACUUAUCAUUGUCCUUUUUAGACACAUCUGCACAAAUGUUUUAUUAUUAUUAAAAUUGUUUUUUUAUUAUUAUUAAUACAGUUGCAAACACUUUGUUAUUUGGGAUAUCUUAUUAACUACCGAAUCGCGGGAUAGCUCCCAAAUGUUAUUUCUAUGUUUUUAUUUUUACUUAAAAUUCAUUUAAUUCCUUUGUUUUCCUAAAACCUUGAGGUGUUUUUUUUUUUACCUGCCCUGUGUAGUUUUCAUGUGCUCACAGCUUGUAUAUGUUUUUUGCCUUCGAUUCCUUGUAUUACUAUACAGGAAGUAAUGGUAAUCUUUUUUUUAGCUUUAUUCUUAGUCAUUCAUUUAUUAAAGUCUAAAAUUAUCAAUUUCUAUCACCAAAAUGUAUGCAAAAAUAAUAUUUGUCAACUCAGGGCCUGUUCUCUUGCCUUAUGUAAGUUAAUUGAAAAAAUGAAAGUUAAAAUUCUGUCUCCGCUUUUAUAGAAAUGAAUAACAGAGCCCAUUUUUACACAGGUUUAGCACAUGAAUGAGAAGUAUUUCUAUACUCUGAAAAACCUCACUGCUCUCUGCUUAGUCCUUAACGCUGUGUUUUUUUAUUUUCAUCCAUUCUUUAACUCUGUCUUUUAAUUCAUAUGAAAUUAAAUAAACAAUUCUUUUUCCAUGA